GAACGAACAACUUUAAAGACUCAUCCAUCUUCUUUCUUUGUUGACCGAGGAUCCUUCCAGUGAGGUCAACGUCUCAGAGAGAGUAGUGAAAGAUCUCCUCGUCAUCUGAUUCAUCUGGUGGUAAUCCAUCCGACCCAACUACACACCAUGUCCGCUCCUAACCCCAAGGCUUUCCCUCUUGCCAACGCUCAGUUGACGAACCAGAUUCUCGACUUGGUUCAGCAGGCAUCUCACUACAAGCAAUUGAAGAAGGGUGCCAACGAGGCCACCAAGACUCUCAACAGAGGUAUCUGUGAAUUUAUCAUCAUGACGGCCGAUGUCGAACCCAUCGAGAUCGUUCUUCACUUGCCACUCUUGUGCGAAGACAAAAACGUCCCAUACGUUUUCGUCCCUUCCAAGACCGCCUUGGGUCGAGCCUGUGGAGUCACUAGGCCCGUCAUCGCUGCUAGUGUGACCACCAACGAAGCCAGGGAGCUCAACAGUCAGAUCCAAGCCGUCAAGAAUGAGAUUGAAAAGCUGCUCAUCUAAUAGGCUGAAGAAGGGAGACCGGAAUAGAUAUGGGUAUAGGGACGAUGGAAACCUGAUGCAUCGAUGAUUGGAGAUU